GGGCGGGAAAGACGGUUGGAGAGGGAGGGGCGAGCGAGCGGUUACUCACUCCAUGGCUGCGGAAAGAAGAGGCGGCGGUGGCCUCAGCUGAAGAAAGACUGCAGGAGCGGAGAGCGCAGGCGCGGUUGCAGACGCCGGUGGAAUUGCUUUGGGAGCCGGAGUAGCUGCUGCCACCAGAGUCUGGAGCCAUGAGCAGGUUUAAUUUUGGAGGCACGGGGGCCCCCACAGGCGGGUUUACGUUCGGCGCUGCAAAGACAGCAACGACCACACCUGCUGCGUUUUCUUUCUCUACAUCUGGCACCGGUGGGUUUAAUUUUGGGACCCCUUCCCAGCCGGCCUCGAGCACCCCUUCUACCAGCCUGUUCUCACUCACCACCCAGGCUUCAGCGACAACGCAGGCCCCGGGAUUCAGUUUUGGAACCACAACUCCUGCCGCAGGAGGAACUGGGUUUUCCUUAGGCCUGAGCACCCCAAAGCUAAACCUGAGCAGCAGCGCAGCUGCCACCCCAGCCCCAGCACAGCCCAGCGGCUUCGGGCUGGGCGGCAGCACGCUCUCCAAUGCCAUCUCGAGCGCCGUCACGUCCGCCCAGGGCUCCACGCCCAGCGGCUUUGUGUUUGGCUCCACCACCACCUCUGCUGCUCCGUCUACCACGCCCGGGGGCUUCUCAUUCACAAGUGGAAGCACGUCCCAGACCGGGACCUCCAGCUUCAACAUCGGCUCCGUGGGGAGUUCGGCCCAACCCACAGCCCUUCCCGGGCUGCCCUUCACUCCGGCCACUCCAGUAGCCACUGGGGCGGGGGCCACACAGCCGGCUGCCCCCACACCCACCACCACCACCACCACUACUGGGCCCACGCUCUUUGCCUCACUGGCAACCACUCCAGCCUCAUCUACCACCUCGGGGCUCUCCCUUUGUGCCCCAGCAACCACAGCCGGAACACCCGGAACAGGGAUGCUGGGCUUUAGCCUGAAGCCCCCCGGAGCAGCUUCCACUACCUCCGCAGCCACGACCACCGCCGCCGCCACCACCACAGGCUUGGCCUUGAAUCUCAAACCACUGGCACCGGCUGCCAUCCCCAGCAACACAGCGGCCUCUGGGACCGCCGCGGCCGGCCCCAGUGCGGCCACUGGCGUAUCCGCCAGCCCCGUGAUGACCUACGCCCAACUGGAGAGUCUGAUCAACAAGUGGAGCCUGGAGCUGGAGGACCAGGAGCGGCACUUCCUGCAGCAGGCCACGCAGGUCAACGCCUGGGACCGCACGCUGAUCGAGAACGGGGAGAAGAUCACCACCCUCCACCGCGAGGUCGAGAAGGUAAAGCUGGACCAGAAGAGGCUGGACCAGGAGCUCGACUUCAUCCUGUCUCAGCAGAAGGAGCUGGAGGACCUGCUGAGCCCGCUGGAGGAGUCGGUCAAGGAGCAGAGCGGGACAGUGUACCUGCAGCACGCGGAUGAGGAGCGAGAGAAGACCUACAAGCUGGCCGAGAACAUCGACGCGCAGCUCAAGCGCAUGGCCCAGGACCUUAAGGACAUCAUCGAGCACCUGAACACGUCGGGGGGCCCCGCCGACACCAGCGACCCACUGCAGCAGAUCUGCAAGAUCCUCAAUGCGCACAUGGACUCCCUGCAGUGGAUCGACCAGAACUCGGCCCUGCUGCAGAGGAAGGUGGAGGAGGUGACCAAGGUGUGCGAGGGCCGGCGCAAGGAGCAGGAGCGCAGCCUCCGCAUCACCUUCGACUAAGCCCAGGGCGUCACCCGGCAGCGCGCAUGUGUCGUGUGGAACGUGCAGUCACUGUCUUGGUUCUGGUUGCAACGAAAUACUUGGUUGGUUGCUUGCUUGCUUCUUUCUUUCCUUCAGAUAGUUGUGCUGUUGAGAGCACUGUCCCAUGGUUUGACUUUUCGUCUUAGGGGGUAGCAAGUAUUCUUAGCUUAGUAGGUGUGGCAUGUGUACCGUCUGCGUGUUCUGGACCUCUCCGCCUGCCGCCCCCCCCCGCCCCACCUCCAAGUGGUAGAGAAGCGCUGAGCCACCUCAGAAGCCCAGCUCGCAGCCAGGGGGCCCAGCACACAGUCGUGGGUGCAGGGAGAAAAGACUGAGGUGCAGGAGUCUCCGUCCUGGAGGAGCCAGCAGUCGAGGGUAAAUGUAGUCAGUACAAAGAAGUGACUUAGGAAUGGAACGGACAGUGGGAGGUAGAAUUUCAAAGGCGGAAAGACAGGUCUGCUGAGGGGCUGGAAUGAAGAUGUCUCAUCUUGCCUGGCUGACCCCUCCUCCAGGAAGCCCUCUCUGCCACCCCGAGCCUGAGUCAGGUGGCCGGCCUGUGAGCCCCACAGCGCAGAGCUAGUGAGUAUCCAGUUCACGACCCCUUUGGUAACGCUCUCCAUGCUGCCAUGUGCCCCUGGUUUGCUUCUCCGCCUCACCCUUAGCUUGCGCGUCCCUGUGGGCAGGGACUAUUUCUUGUUGCCUUUGUGUCCUCAGCGCAAUCCUUGUCACACUUGUCAAAUGUAUUAACAGCGGACAUGAAACCUGGCAUAAAACAUUAGUCCACAGAGUGCCCGUUGAAAGGGCCAGGGUGCCAGAGGUGGCCCCUGACUUGGCUCUGAACCUCUCAACGCCAGAGCAGACCCGGUCAGUUCGUGAGAUGCACGGUGUCCGGAAGGCAGGAGCCAGACCACCUGCAUCCCAGGUGGCUUUUGUAUUUGUCUCUACACUCUUUUGCAUCCUCUGAAAUACCCAUGGCUGUAUGUUGCUUUUCUUCUAAAGAAAAUAAAAGUUACCGUGGAACCCGAAA